AUGAACGUGGAGGACGCGAGUGGCCGCUACACGUCAAUGUUCUACUGGGGCAACAACUACUGGACCGGCUCCGCGGAGCUCUGCCAGAUCCUUAACGAACAACACACACCAUUAAAGAACCGAAACAAAAGCAGCGGAUCGCAGAUCUUCAGCGAGUGGCGGCAGGAUGUGUCCAUGACUGGGUACGGGCCGCCAUUCGAGACCGCGUUCUACACUGUGCGCGUCACCGUCACUACAGACAUGCAUGAUGUCGUCAAGACUCGCCGAACGCUCCACCUAGGCCUCUGUCUACCCCGCUCAUGCACCCGUGAAGCUGUGACCGCACUGGUGGACAGGGCCCGAGGACCUUUACUAAAGCACACAGUGGUGGCAGUGCGAAUGCCUCUCCGCGGCACCUACUCCUACAUCGAAGAUCCUACCUUCCAAGUGUUGAUGGGUGUAUGUUGCUUCGUAACAAUACUGCUGAUCUCCGCAACUGCGUAUGACGUGCGCAUUGCUCGCGACGUGCGCAGGCGCAGGCGGCGCGCGGUCAACCUAUCUAACACCGGCGCCAGAAGCGACCUGAAGCUCGACCUAAAUGGACUCGAUGAUAUCACCGUCGCCAAUGGAAAGACGAUAUACAACGUGAACAACAACCUCGCGAUCAACAGUACCACGUCGGAAGAGCGCCUUACCGCCGAGACCGCGUCCACCUCCACCGACGAAGAGAUUAAACUCAGCGUAUGGUCCCAGCUGCUGCUGUCGUUCUCGAUGAAGGCUAACAUCCUGCAGAUCUUCGACCAGUCGGUGGGCGCGGACACGGUGCCCGUGGUACACGGCCUGCGCACACUCUCCAUGGUGUGGGUCAUCUUCGGACACACCUGCAUUGUAGUGUUCAAGUACGCGGACAACACUGCGUUAAGAGCUAUUUUGGAGAAGAGCUUUUUGUUCCAGCUUAUCCUCAGCGCUGUGUACAGUGUUGAUACCUUUUUCUGUCUCGGUGGCAUGCUAGUAACCUUCUUAUACUUCCGUACCAAUGCGAAAGGGAAACUGGACGUACUGACCAAGGGCAGGCGAAAGGUCACCUCCAGCGUGCUGCAGUUCCUUGGACUCAUGGGCUACAGAUUUGCUAGAUUGACAGCACCGUAUCUGUUCGUGCUGGGCGUGGUGGAGGUGACGAUGAAGUGGUUUGCUUACAACGCUGUAUUCGAGCCGCCUGCGAUGGAUCACGAGACCUGCCCGCACUACUGGUGGAGGAAUCUUCUGUACAUUAACACUUUGUUCCCAGUGGAACAGAUGUGCAUGUUGUGGAGUUGGUACUUGUCAGACGACACUCAGUUUUACGCAGUCAGUGCAAUCCUCCUUAUAUUAUCUACGAGCCACUUCAAGCUCUCCGUGUCUCUAACCGGCGUAUUCUUCUUCUCAUCACUUAUAACGACCGGCUACGUGUCCUGGAGCAGCGACCAUAUCCCCAACAGCGAAGACCCAUUCACGCAGUUUGACAAGAUCUAUGACAAACCCUGGACCAGGCUGGGACCGUACCUUGUUGGUAUGCUGACAGGCUGGAUACUGUUUAAGACCAACUUGAAGAUUAGGAUGAAGUCGAUAUGGGCGUGGGUGGGCUGGUUGGUAUGCGCAGCGAUGCUGCUGUUCCUGAUCUUCGGGUUGUACAAGACAGAACUGAGCCCGGCGGCGGCGGCCGUGUACUCCGCGCUGUCGCACUCGCUGUGGGCAGCGUGCGUUGGGUGGAUCAUUAUUGCCUGCUCUACUGGACAUGGCGGCUGGGUGCGUCCCCUGCUGUCGGCGCCGUUCCUGUACCCGUUCUCGCGCGUGACGUACUGCGCGUACCUCGUGCACCCGGUGGUGCUGCGCUACGUCGCCAUGCAUCUCACUCACCCCAUACAUCUGGGCGAGCUGCUUGUGUUCGUCCUGUUCCUGGGGUUGACUGUGAUGUCGUAUUUCUUUGCGUUCGUGAUCUCGGUGGCGUUCGAGGCUCCCAUCGUCACCAUGUUGAAGAUCCUCUCGCCGCAGCGGAAGCCGCACCGGGUGUGAGACUGGCGCCGGAUUAAAACCCUAGCUUAUCGGGGUAGAGCGAGCGAACAUGACGAUAUUUUAGUGUACAACAUAGUAUUAGAGGGAUGCUGAUACGAUCUACUGUUUAUAUCAUCAAUUUCAGUAAGAUGUAGUCGACUGUUGUGUUUCGGUAGUAAGUCUGAAGUUUGAAUAAAUUAUUAGAUAAUCUAAGGCUGUAACCAAUUUAACAAUAGACUAUAACAAAAAGCUGUCGGCUAACCUUCAACAAUAAAGAGGCAAUUGGAGGAGAAGAACCAAUUUUACACGAAUUAGUGUCGUUUGUAUACCGACUGUAUCUUUAAAAUCUGUCCAGUAACAAGUUUUCAACUACAAAAUGGCGCCAAAAAUAAAAGAUGGCGUCUCUGUCUUUUUCUCGCUCUACCCCCGGACUACACGAUAUUACGUACAAAGAUUCGUUUGUAAGAUUACAUUGUGACGAUCUCGUCUGAGAGGAAGCGACGUGAGAUGUUAGAGUCAGUAGUACUGCAUUGACUGUGAUCGAAAUGGUUGCAUAGUUUAAUUAAGUGUUUGCAUGAACAUAGCAACUUUUAGUAGCUGUUACUGACAACCAAAAGUUAUGCGUGUGUAAAGCCUUUUAGCUUGGAUGAAAAUUUGAUACUUUAUGAUACUCAAAUAAACUUAAAAGAACUGUUUUAUAGAAAUGAUCGUAGACAAGAGACUAUAAACUUGUGUAUCGCUUGAAUGAAAUAAAAUAACCGAUAAUAAUCAUGACAAUGUAGAAAAACAAAGGUAUUGUUAUAAUAGUUUAAUGUAUAUUACACUGUAAAUAGAUAUAAUGAUAUACAUAAAUGAUUAUGUAAAUAAGUUGUAAAUACUAUUGUAUAUUCGACGUAAGGUUUUAUUAAAUAAUUUUUAUACGAACAAUAAAUACAAUGUUUCUUUUAACCCUGUAUAAAACACGCAUGAAAUAUAUGGAAAAAUAUUCCGCCAAUGGGUCCGCUAUUGGUGCCCAACGUGGUGUCCAUAACAUUAGUUGACAAGAUC